GGGGCCCCGUGCUAGAAAUCUUUCGCCUCCUUAUGCUUUAUUCGACCGUCAACAGUCACUACGCAAACUCGAGCACAAGCCCGACGUCGAUUAUCAUCAAGAGAUGCCUUGCAGCACACAAGGACGUGCCCAAGAUCGUUCAGCUACGUGGCAUCUUUGUGGCUACCAACGUUUUCUCAUAUUCGCAUGGCGCAAAGAUGUUCAUGCAGACGGCGAUGCUCGGAGAGGCCAUCGACUGCGGGCUGGAGCUGGUGGGGCGCGAGGACAUGGCGCUCAGGAUGUCGGCAGCUGCUCUCCUCUACAACAUUGCCCUGCACCUUCCUAAGGUUGAGUCCAUCGAGAUGGUUCAGCUCCUCUCAGGUAUGGCGCACACAUUGAGCAAUGAGCUGGACGAAGAGACAGAGUUUCGACUUCUCCUCGCGAUCUCCAAGCUCAUCUACUGCAACUCUGCUGCUCAAGAGCUCGUGAAGUCGCUGGAUCUUCGGCUCGAGAGCAAGGAAGGAGCGAUGGGGAGGAGAGAGAAAGUGAUGGAGGAGAUCAACAAGCUUCUGCAGUCAUGAACUAUCUUGCCUUGUCCAUUGACUCCUCCUCCCUCCCCCCUCCUCCUUCGCCACUUGUUCAUCUCACGUUGGUGUACUUGAAAGUUCCUGCGACCCUUGGCGUCAUCUCGCCGUCUCGCAGCAUCAGC